AAAAAUUGAGGAAAACCUGUUCUUCAUAUUCUUCUGCUGUUGGCUGUUCAUAUUGCACCAAGAGAAUGAUUGAGUAUAUUUUAGCAGCUUGUGGGUUGUUAGUUGUAUUAAUAAUAGCGUUUCUGGAGUCCAAAUUUGGACUUAUUUUUCAACUUUUCCAUAAGGCGGAUGCAGAUUCUUCUCGCAAUGGAGGUGAACUAGUUGCAGCAGUCCUCAAAGAACAUGGCAUAAAGUAUUUAUUCACUCUGUGUGGCGGACACAUAUCUCCUGUUCUUGUAGCAUCGGAAAAGAGUGGCAUUCGUGUAGUGGAUGUCCGACAUGAGGUGACAUCGGUUUUUGCUGCUGAUGCAGUUGCAAGGUUGUCUGGUGUGGUUGGUGUGGCCAUAGUUACUGCUGGUCCAGGUCUAACAAACACAAUUACUGCUGUUAAGAAUGCUCAGAUGGCAGAAUCGCCUGUGCUGCUAAUGGGAGGUGCUGCAGCCAACUUACUUAAGGGUCGCGGAGCUCUACAAGACAUUGAUCAGAUGUCCUUAUUCAAACCUUUAUGUAAAUAUUGUGGCUCCAUUAAGCGUGUUCGAGACAUUGUACCUACAGUCCGCAAGGCUUUGGCUGUUGCUCAAUCUGGAACUCCAGGCCCAGUUUUUGUUGAGCUACCCAUAGACACCCUGUAUUCCUACAAGUCUGUUCAGAAAGAGGUUGUAGGUGGAGGUGGCUCCAAGGGUGGCCUAGUCAACAGUAUCCUGUCAUGGUACCUGAAAAAUUAUGUAUCAAACAUGUUUGCUGGUGCCUUUGAAGAACAAGACGUUACACCUUUGCCCGUGCAUCUACCCCUUGCUUCAUAUUUACAAGUGCAAGAAGCCAUUGAGAUUCUAAGCCGAGCUAAGAAGCCAGUGCUAGUACUUGGAAGCCAAGCAACACUGCCCCCAACGCCAGCCGAUGAGAUUAGAAAAUCUUUAGAGGCAAUGGGAAUACCAUGUUUCUUAGGAGGAAUGUCCCGUGGUAUGCUGGGAAGAAAUAGUGCUAUCCAUAUACGACAAAAACGACGAGAUGCACUGCGGGAGGCAGAUGUUGUAGUCUUAGCUGGUGCUGUACCAGAUUUUCGUUUGAACUACGGACGUCAUUUAAGUCGUAAAUCAAAAAUUAUUGCAGUGAAUAGGAAUAAGGAGCAGCUUUACAAGAAUACGGAUGCAUUCUGGAAACCCAGCCUUGCUGUCCAAGCUGACGUAGGUAGCUUCUUGGUGUCCCUACAGAAGGGUCUGAAGAAAUUUAAGUGCGACGAGGAGUGGGUCAAGUCGCUGAAAUCAAAGGAUGAGGAAAAGGAAGAAGCAAAUAGAAAAAAAGCUACAGAAGCAGUUAACAAAUUCUUAAAUCCUCUUCAAGUACUCUACCAUGUAGAGUCAACACUUGAUGACAACAGUAUCUUAGUAGCUGAUGGUGGCGACUUUGUUGGAAGUGCUGCUUACAUUGUCAGGCCAAGGGAACCAAUGUGCUGGCUUGACCCAGGUGCAUUUGGUACUUUAGGAGUUGGAGGUGGAUUUGCCUUGGGUGCUAAGCUAGUCAGGCCUGAUGCCGAGGUGUGGAUCAUAUAUGGAGAUGGGUCUCUUGGUUACAGUGUAGCUGAAUUUGAUACGUUCACUCGUCAUAAAUGCCCUGUUAUAGCGGUGGUAGGCAAUGAUGCAUGUUGGACGCAAAUUGUAAGAGAACAGGAACCUAUGCUAGGGUCAAGGGUCGGAUGUGAUCUUGCUUUCUGCGAUUACCACAUUGUUGCCAAGGGUUAUGGUGGAAGUGGUCUAAAAUUGUGUGGAGAAGAGGGCGAAGAUGUACUGAAGACACUACAAACUGCACAGAAGGAAUGCAGAGAGGGCAAACCUGUACUUAUUAAUUGUCUUAUUGGCAGGACCAACUUCAGAGACGGAUCAAUCUCUGUAUAAAAUAUUAGUGCUCAUAGUAUACAUUUAAGUUUAAUUGAUUUAUGGACUUUUUAAACACUUACAUUUCUGGGAGCAAUCAGCAUUUACGUUUAAAUUUUUUACUUAGAUUUUAUAAAUAUACUUAAUAUUGAUUGACUUGGCCUUGACUGAAGAUUCAAUCAAUGGUAACUGAGUUGUUAUGUUAUAGAAUGCAACAUCAGUAUAAUGCUCAAUUACAUUGUGAAUAAAAGAUGGAUAAUAACUGGCUAGUAUCAGAGAAGCAGUUUGGCCCAGCGGAAAUGAUUUGGUUUCCUUGAGCAAGGCACUUUACCUGCGUUGCUUCUCUCCAACCAGGAGUAUAAAUGGGUACUUGGUGGGGUUGCCUGCUACUGCGCCAAUAUGGCAGCAACACUUAAGCAUGUGGAUUAGGGGUGGUGCCAGGAUUUGCCCAAUAGGGGGGCUGAGGUCCCAGACGGGGGGCCCCGAUGUUCCCCCCCCCCCAAAAAAAAACUUUUACGAUUUAGGGGUUUCAAAAGCUUAUUUAAUCAAUUUUAGAAUCUAUCUAAUCUAAUUUAUGUGCAAAAUACUUAUAAUUAUUUUUUCAAGUAGUUAAAAAUCAACUAAAAUUACCUUAUUUUGCGAGCUAGUGCCUUUCACCUAAUCAUCAAACCCCCUUGUGGCUCAAAUUGAAGACUCCUAGAUACACCACUGCAGACUGGUAGUGUAGAUUUGGAAUGGAGGAAAUGUGAAUGAGACCAAGGUGUAGGAAUUAUAUAAAUGCAUCAAAAGUGAAAAUUAACUUUUUGAAUCAUGUUAUGAAUUAUCUCUAUUAGUUUUGGGGUGAAGAAUAUAUGAAUGAAAAUGAUACUGAUAUUCAACUCAAAUAAAAUGGUGCAAAAUUACUU